GACGGUCCUCCACCUGCGAAAGAUUUCACUUCGUAAGUAACAGCACAGGCCAGCGGGUUUGCCUUCACAGAGCGAGCUGUGAGAUCUGAGUCAGCGAAUAAGCGGAAAGCUUCCAGCAGAUGCGUUUUGGAGUUUUCACCUUCUCGGCGUCUGCCCACAGCACUGAUGUUUCCUCACACCUUCGCUCCGAAAAACCUGUUUUUGAGCGUCAGAGUUUAAUGAAACUGAACUAUGAUCUGCGGCUGCGUUGAGGAAUGUCUCCUGUAUUUUCGUGUGACACAAGAACACCCAAACGCCCACGACCUGGUCAGGAAGAAAGCGGCACCCCUAUUUGGAUUAUGUGUUUGACCAAUGUAAACAUAUGGAAGAAAUAAAAAAGUGAGCACAUGGGAAACCCACCAGGAAUGAAUCGCUCCUUUAUUAAGAUUCUGGCAGCUUUAUUUACAUAUUUCAUGGAGACAAACAACUUCAGAGUUGUGCAUGCCAAGGAGCACGAUUCUAGAUCAUCCUCCAACAUGUCUCCAUCGGACUUUCUGGACUCACUUAUGGGUCGCACGUCGGGGUAUGACGCAAGAAUAAGACCGAAUUUCAAAGGUCCACCAGUUAAUGUUACCUGCAACAUAUUUAUCAACAGCUUUGGUUCUAUAGCAGAAACUACAAUGGAUUACAGAGUGAACAUCUUUCUGCGGCAGAAGUGGAACGACCCUCGGCUGGCAUACAGUAAAUAUCCAGAUUCCUCCCUUGACCUGGACCCAUCUAUGCUGGACUCCAUAUGGAAGCCCGACCUUUUCUUUGCCAAUGAGAAAGGAGCCAACUUCCAUGAUGUCACCACUGACAACAAGCUGCUGCGGAUCUUCAAGGAUGGGACUGUCCUCUACAGCAUCAGGUUGACUCUCAUUCUGUCCUGCCCCAUGGAUCUGAAGAACUUUCCGAUGGAUGUCCAAACCUGUACAAUGCAACUGGAAAGUUUUGGCUACACUAUGAACGACUUGAUCUUCGAGUGGCUGGAGAAUGGUGCAGUGCAGGUGUCAGACGGGCUCACGCUGCCACAGUUCAUUAUGAGGGAGGAGAAGGAGCUGGGCUACUGUACGAAACACUACAACACUGGUAAAUUCACCUGCAUAGAAGUCAAAUUUCAUCUGGAGCGACAGAUGGGAUACUAUCUGAUCCAGAUGUACAUUCCGUCUCUCCUCAUCGUCAUCCUCUCAUGGGUGUCUUUUUGGAUCAAUAUGGACGCUGCUCCUGCCAGAGUGGCGCUGGGCAUCACCACUGUGCUUACCAUGACCACCCAAAGUUCUGGCUCCAGAGCUUCUCUUCCAAAGGUCUCUUACGUGAAAGCCAUUGAUAUCUGGAUGGCCGUGUGUCUACUCUUUGUAUUUGCUGCAUUGCUAGAAUAUGCUGGGGUUAAUUUUGUCUCCAGGCAACAGAAAGAGUUCCUUCGCCUGAGGCGAAGACAAAGGAGGAGUCAAAAGGAUGACGAAAUGCGUGAAGGCCGCUUUAAUUUUGCUGGCUACAAUAUGAGUCAGUGUCUGCCAACAAAGGAUGGCUCAGCUGUUAAGAACGCUGCUCCAGCCCCGAACCCUCAACCAUCAGGCCCCAGAGACAUAGACACCAUGAAGAAGAAGUUUGUGGACAGAGCCAAAAGGAUAGAUACUAUCUCCAGGGCCGCUUUUCCUCUGGCUUUCCUCAUUUUCAAUGUCUUCUACUGGGUCACCUACAAGAUCAUCAGGCAUGAGGACAUCCACAAAAAAUAAAGAAUUUUACCUGUGACAGAUAAUGUUCAUUUUCCAUUUCUCAGAGUGAGAAAUGCUCAGAAAGCACAGUGAGAUGAGAUGAAAGACUGUGCAUUGAGAGGCACCCUGGUGAUGAUGGUGGUGUUCUUUCAGGGAUAAUGUAUAAUGUUCAUGCCUCAUACAGUAAUGCUCAUGUUCUGAUGAUGUGAACAGCUCUUGAGACACAGAUGCUU